ACUAGCCCACUACGCCAUUACCAAGUGUUUGUGAAAAAACUGAUGAGGUAGUCCAAUCACAAGAACACCAGUUUUCUGGAACGAGGAGAACGCUACGAGGCAACUGUCAAAGUGGCAAGGGUUCAUCUCAAUCCUCAAUUAAUCGCAGGAUAAGAUACAUCUUUUAUUGACGUGUUCAAGAAAUUGUGGUGGGAUUAUACUUUAAGUGGCAUUUAACAAGAAUCGUAUGAACCCAACUAGAAAUUUAGUCGGGGCAUAAAUCCCUUUUGUCAAUUCUGUGAACAAUCAAUUUCAUACACACUUGGUAAAUAACAAUCAAUUUCAUACACACUUGGUGAAUAAUCAAACACUUGGCGUAUCCCAGUUGCCGGGUAAUUUCAUCCUUCUGACCCUCAACCUCAAACUCAAGCUCGGUUAAUGGCGCAAUCCCAAGGCCAGUCUCAUGGCCGUAUAGGGCUGAAUUCUGCCAAUGUUUCUUCUCCUGUUGCUGCUACCCCUGCUCCUUCAAGUACCAAGAAGAGUCAUGGCAAACAGUCUAGUAAGACUCAAAGUUCUUCUGGAACUGGUGGAGGUGUUCCGUUUAAGACGAUGGAGCUUGCUCCGGCUGCUCGUAAGAAGAAAAGGAAAGCAUCAGAGAAGAAAUUGCCUGAAAAAAUUGCAGCCCUUUUACCAGAAAGCACUCUUUACACACAAUUGGUUGAGUUGGAAGCCAAGGUUGAUGCUGCCCUUGCUAGAAAGAAAAUGGACAUUCAGGAGUCAGUUAUGAAACCUCCUUGUGCUCAGAAAACACUGCGUAUAUAUGUGUUCAAUACUUUUGCCAAUCAGCCGCUUAAUUCUGAAAGUAAGUGUUCCGAAGCACCUACUUGGACACUUAAGAUUAUUGGAAAGAUAUUAGAAGACGCGGAUGAUUCAAGUUCUGGGACUAUGGCCAAUAGGUCAAGUUCAUACCCAAAGUUCUCUUCUUUUUUCAAGAAAAUUACAAUUUACCUUGAUCAGAAUCUUUAUCCUGAUGAUCAUGUAAUCAUAUGGGAUAAUUCUCGCUCUUCUGUGCUUCAUGAAGGUUUUGAAGUUAAAAGGAAGGGGGAUAAGGAAUUUACAGCCAUUAUAAGGCUUGAAAUGAAUAAUAUCGUUGAGAAGUUUAAACUAUCACCUGCUCUUUCUCAAGUUCUUGGACUUGAAUUAGAAACUCGCGCAAGGAUAAUGACUGCAUUGUGGCACUAUGUGAAGGUUAAGAAGUUGCAAGACCCGAAUGAUCCUGCUAUAUUUUCCUGUGAUUCACCUCUGCGGAAAGUGUUUGGAGAGGAAAAGAUUAAGUUUUCUGUGGCUUCACAGAAGCUUGCUCAUCAUUUAUCUCCUCUGCAACCUAUACAGUUGGAGCAUAGGAUUAAGCUUUCUGGAAAUAAUCCAAGCGGAAAUAUGUGUUAUGAUGUUCUAGUUGAUGUUCCCUUUCCUUUAGAGGAAGACAUGUAUGCUUUUCUGGAAAGGAUGGGGAAGUACAGGGAAAUAGAUGAUUAUGACAAUGCCAUUGUUGGUGCUAUAAAGAAGAUCAAAGAGCAUCAUCAAAGAAGAACCUUUUUCCUGGGAUUUAGUCAAUCACCUGCAGAUUUUAUUAACACAUUGAUUGCUUCUCAAGACAGAGAUUUGAAGGUAGUUGCUGGUGAUGCUAUUCGUGAUGCUCAGCAGGAGCGUCGGAGUGUCUUUUUCAACCAACCAUGGGUCGAGGAUGCUGUGUUGCGUUAUCUGAAUCGUAAAUCUUCUAGUGGAAGUGAUGCUGCAGGAGCUACAUGAUUGGGUUGCCAGAAGCCAUUGAUCACUAAAUAGGUACACAGCUUUUGCCUGUAGUUCUUUUAUAGUUGGAAUUUUUUCCCGUACGAUUUGUGCAUCAUUUAACUUGAGAUGAUUUUUAUUGAAACUUACAAGCACCAUAUUUGAGCAGAUGACAUAUAUUAUCGCAUGCAUAAACGUUGUGGGACUUUGAAUGCCGUGUGCCAUUGUAAUCUGUAAAGAGUUGUAGGAUUAAUCAUACUUCAAGCAUGUUUAAUGCUUUAAUCUCUUGUUAGUUGUUACUAGUUCUGGUUUUGGCGGAGGUAUAAAGUUUUAACAGGCAGCACCCUUUUUAUGUGAUAUAUUCUUGUUCAGGAACUUGGUUUUUCUAGUUUCUCAUCUUGAAAUAUUAUCUGUUUUUGUUAUUUUUAUUUUGGAUUUCAUGAAUAAUCUCCUUUUCUUUAUUUAUUUUUAUCACUAUAUUUGCUGUUAUCACUAUACAUUAUUCUCAUGUCUGAACCUUCUAAGGUGGCAAACUUUGUUACAACUACUUUAAGGUUUGUAAGCAUUGUUACAUGAAACGACAUUCUGUUUGAGACGCGGAACGGGGACAAGGAACGCAAUCUAGAUUAACUCGGAAACUAUUGGGUACGAGAUACAUUAUGUGUAAUAAAAUAUAUUUGAAAAAAAAAA